AUGAAGAAAAAUGGUAGCGGAGCCAAUAUUUCGGAUAAGGGUCGGACCCUUCCUGCUGACCCGAAUCUUCCGCGGUUCCUUUGCCAGAACUGCCGCCACAGCCUCUGCAUGGUCGGCGUCGACUCGCACGUCGACAAGUUCCUAGCUCCAGGAAUGCAAGGUUCCUCAAUCCUUGGAAGUGGUAGUGUUGUAGGCUCAACUCGGAUGGACCACUCUUUUGUAGUAUUGCCAAAGCAAAGGAAUCAGUCGCCCGGAGUUCCUCCUCGACCUCGAGGUGCGCCUUUGCACCCCGAGGUUAGCCAGUCUGGGAAAGCAAUAGACGAGUCGUUUGUUGUGUUACCUCCACCGGCUGCUUCAGUGUAUAAAUGUGAACCUGGAGCUGAUGGAGGCGGGACGAGUUUUCCUUCGCCUGAUGGUGGGCCUAUUGAUUCUCCUACUCAACCUCAUAAUUCGGGCUUCCACUCCACCAUUACAAUCCUGAAUCGGGCGUUUGAGAUAGCCACAACACAGACUCAGGUUGAGCAGCCUUUAUGUCUUGAGUGCAUGCGGGUUUUGUCUGAUAAACUUGAUAAGGAGGUGGAAGAUGUGGACAGGGACAUCAAAGCGUAUGAAGCUUGUCUUCAACGUUUGGAGGGGGAAGCAAAGACUGUUCUUAGUGAGGCCGAAUUUUUUAAGGAGAAAUUGAAGAUAGAAGAAGAAGAACGAAAACUUGAAGCAGCAAUUGCAGAAACUGAGAAACAAUGCUCAGAGGUAACAGCUGAACUGAAGGAACUGGAGUUGAAGUCUAGCCGGUUUAAAGAGUUAGAAGAGCGAUAUUGGCUGGAGUUUAACAAUUUCCAGUUUCAACUGAUUUCACAUAAGGAAGAGCGGGAUGCAGUUUUGGCCAAGAUUGAAGUCUCCCAGGCUCAUUUAGAGCUGCUGAAGCGUACUAAUGUGCUAAAUGACGCCUUCCCUAUUUGGUAUGAUGGGGACUUUGGAACUAUUAACAAUUUCCGCCUGGGAAGACUUCCUAAAGUUCAAGUUGAGUGGGAUGAGAUAAAUGCUGCGUGGGGCCAAGCUUGCCUUCUCCUUCAUACUAUGGCCCAAUACUUCCGGCCAAAAUUCCCAUAUCGCAUCAAAAUUCUCCCCAUGGGAAGUUACCCUCGGAUAAUGGACAGCAGUAACAAUACUUAUGAGCUCUUUGGUCCAGUGAAUGUGUUCUGGAGUACACGUUACGACAAGGCAAUGACAUUGUUCCUUACCUGCCUAAAGGAGUUUGCAGAGUUUGCAAACUUGAAGGAUAAAGAAAACAACAUCCCUCCCGAAAAAUGCUUUAAGCUUCCAUAUAAAAUUGAGAACGACAAAGUGGAAAGUUACUCGAUUACACAGAGCUUUAACAAGCAGGAGAAUUGGACUAAAGCUCUCAAGUACACUCUUUGCAAUUUGAAAUGGGCGCUUUAUUGGUUUGUGGGCAACACCAACUUUCAGCCCCUUACCGCUGCUGUUUCCCCCCAUUCUGAGGUGUCAGGCACUGGAACAGGCUCGGGCUCGGGCUCCAGCUCCACUGGUUCACUGUACAAUAAACGAACCAAUUGA